UGAGGAAAGGAACUAGUAGUAUCCGAGUCCGUGGCAAAAACCCCACACUGGGGUUAGGGUCUUGGAUAGGGAUAAAUAGACACUUCAAGUUGCCAGUGUAGCCUACUCCAGUUCCACCGUGACCAGAAUUCUUCCCAGAGGCAGCAAUGGGCAGUGUUAUAUCUUAUCUCAUUGACGCGGCGCCUCCAAAGACCUCUUAUUCCGUUGACCAAAUUCCAGACCUGACGGGAAAAGUAGUCAUUGUGACUGGUGCCAAUACGGGUAUCGGAAAGGAGACUGCGAAGGCUCUACUUGCACAUGGCGCCAAAGUUUAUAUAGCGGCUCGCAACCAGGCUUCUUCAGAGGAGGCUAUUCGUCAACUGAAGCAGGAGACUGGAAAUGAGGCAAUAUUCUUGACACUUGACCUUGCAAACCUGAAAACAAUCAAGGCAUCUGCUGAAGAGUUCCUGAGCAAAGAGACACAGCUUCACAUCCUUAUAAACAACGCUGGUGUUAUGGCAUCGCCGGUCGAGCUAGUGACUGCAGACGGCUAUGAUCUCCAAUUUGGAACGAACGUCCUUGGCCACUACUACUUCACAAAGCUCCUGCUCCCAAUUCUAACCUCGACGGCUAAAUCCACUUCUGAAGGGAAUGUGCGCGUAGUGAACGUCGCUUCCUGCGCCCAUUUAUUUGGGGGUCUUGAUUUUAACACCUUCAAAGAUGGCCCGGCUCGAAAGAAAUGCUCAACGGCCGGCCUUUACAAUCAAAGCAAAUUCGGGAAUGUCGUGCUUGCUCUUGAAUUGGCGAAGCGAUACGGAGACCAGGGUAUUAUUUCGACGGCGCUGAAUCCUGGUAAUAUCAAGUCGGACCUGCAGCGUCACGUUGAGCCUCAACUUCCAAGUAUUGUCAAGCAGAUUUUAGCCAAUGUGGUACUGUAUGAAACGUCUCAAGGCGCGCUUACGCAGCUGUAUGCUGCUACAUCCCCAGAAGCUGCUAGCUUGAACGGCAAGUAUCUCGUGCCGUGGGCUCGCGUCAGGUCGCCUAGGCAAGAAACUCAAGACGCUCAACUCGGCAAGGCACUGUGGGAAUGGCUGGAGGAACAAGUCAAAGACAUGUGAUUCGAAGAUGAGCCCUCUCGAGCAGAUUUGAGUAUCGUUGGACAUCAUUUAUCUUAUCUACAAGUGGUGAUAAUGGGUAUUAA